AGAAGCAGCCAGAAGCAGUAUAUAUGCAAAUUAAGGAUAAAUCCCUCUUUUCGGAAACCUAACAAACCAAAACCAGUAACGUUUUCAUCUCACAAUUCAGACAAACAGACACUCAUUUUUACUACAAUUUAAUACUGCUUCUGUUCCUUUUCAAUCUCAACUCAAUAACCUUUUUCUUCCCCUAUAUAUUCAUUCAGAUUUACUUGUAUCGACAACAUGGAUCAUUUACAGAGGAAGCUACGCGACCAUGAAGCUAAUAUGUUUCAACAGGGAAUUCUGGAUGAUCAGUUCAGUCAGCUUCAGAAACUUCAAGAUGACAGUAGUCCAGAUUUUGUCUAUGAGGUUGUCACUUUGUUCUUUGCUGAUUCUGACAAACUACUCAACAACAUGUCACGUGCACUAGAGCAACCAUCGGUGAAUUUCAAACAAAUUGAUGCUCAUGCCCAUCAACAAAAGGGAAGCAGUGCUAGUGUUGGUGCGGCUAGAGUUACAAGUAUUUGUGCCACCUUCAGAAGUUUCUGUGAGGCUCAGAAUCUGGAAGGGUGUUGUAGAUGUCUACAACAAUUGCGACAGGAAUACGAUCAACUGAAGACUAAUCUUCUAUACCUAUUCAAGCUGCAACGAGACAUCAAGGCUUUCCGUCGUUCUAUUCCUACAAGGGAGUAAAAGAUCGCAUGAUUGCGAACUGUUGAUAUUGAGAAAAAGAUUAUGAAGCUUUCUGUUUAGCUGCUGAUUUUGUUUGUCUUGGUUUUUUCUGGAUUGUUCCUUCAGAAUUAGAGCUAGUUUGAAUGAUGGGAUAAUGUUGAUGUGAAUGAGCAUUUCUUGCUUACUUUGUUUUGGUUUUUGCUGGAUUGUUCCUUCAGAAUUAGAGGUAGUUUGAAUGUUGGGACAGUGUUGAUGUGAUGCGAAUGCUCAUUUCUUGCAUAGUUUGAUAGAUAUAUAUGAUAUACUAUAUGAUUUUUCCUAAUAAAGUAGUGGUUCAUUUGAA